AACAAGUUUGGAAGUAGGAAGCAAAAUUUGCAAACGUGAGUUUGGGCCAUCUUUUUAGCCCAAAUAAUAUUUCACCCAUCACCUAAAGUAAACAAAGCAGAAAACCCUAAUUCCAUUUUCGGUAUAAAUUGCAUUUGCAGAUUUGAAAACCCUCCACUUUCACAGAAUUCUACAUCAGCGGCGGCGUUUGCUCUCACCGGCGAUAAUCAAACAAAAAUCAUCAAGCCAUGGGACACAGCAACGUUUGGAAUUCUCACCCCAAGACCUACGGUCCUGGUUCACGCACUUGCCGUGUGUGUGGGAAUUCACAUGGAUUGAUCAGGAAGUAUGGCCUUAUGUGCUGCAGGCAGUGCUUCCAUAGCAACGCCAAGGAAAUUGGUUUCAUUAAGUACCGCUGAAGAUCUGUUUUCUUUGGCCAGCAAAGGUUAGGUUUCUGCUGUAGAAUGUUGGCAGGUUGUAAUGGUUGAAGAAAACUUUUAUUUCAGUUAUUGUUUACAGAAAUUUGACAAUGGUUUUUGCAUCUUCUUAAUUUAUCAGACUUUGUAUUGUUGAAUUAAUAUUGAGAAUCCUUUUUAUCUGACA